CGCCGCCGCCAGCCCUCCAGUCCGACUCCGAGCGUAGACAGAACCGCGCGCGAGUGUGCACGCAGCUUUAACUAACUAUUAUUGUUAUUUACAUUGAUUGACCUACGGGACCACUGAGCAGCCAUGGCCGUCAGCAGAUUGUCUAUCGUCAAAUUCCUGGAGCUGGCGCUAGCAUGUGCGUGCGUGGCGAUCCACUACCACAGCUACAACUCGGACCCCGACAUCGGCAUGCUGGUCACCGGCACCUUCGUGGGCUACCUCAUCAUCUUCGCCGGCGCCGCCGCCGGGUACAUGAUGCAGACGGUGACGCACAAGCGCGUGGACAUCUUCUACUCGCUGGUGGGCGUGGCGCUGUACGUGGCCAGCGGCGCCAUCAUCAUCGACAGAUACCAGAACGCGGGCAGCAGCAACAUCCGCGACAAGAACCUGGCGAAGGCGUCGCUCGCCAUCAUCAACGGAGCACUGCUGCUCAUCGACGCCGUGUUGACGCAGCGCGGCGGCUAGAUGGCGCUGAUCGCAGUUUUAUCAUUCAUUUGUUCUAGUUCACCUCUGAGGAAAAGUUUCGCUGUAUGUUUCUUUCUCGUGAAAGUUUGUAUGUUGAUUUGUCUGUCAAUGCACAAGUAUAAUGUUUAUCAUAAUAGUUACAUCUGCAAGUCUUGACUCUACACUCACUACUACAAACAUACCUUUGUAAUGUUUUGUUUUAUUCUCGAAAUUAUAUAAGACUUUAUAAGGAUUUUUAUACAAUUAUCGAAAUCCAUCUUGCUUUGCUAUGGUGUCUACUUAACUAUAUUGUGCCUUAGUAAAAACUGAACCAGAAUACAGUUGUACCUUCCACGAAAACUGAAUUAGAUUAAGUACAUAAGUAUUUUUAAGAUGCUGACAUGUUGUUGAUUGAGCUUACAUUUUGAAUUCGGACCCAACGAUAUACUAAAUCGAUGAAAAUAGUCGGUGCAAGUGCAACUACAGAAUGCUAGAAGAUACCUGCUACAUAGUCGUUAAAAGUACCUCUAUUAAUGUUGUUUAACUUAUUUUUAUAUUUAAAAUGUCUUGUUUCUG